AUGGCCCCUGCGAAACCGUCAGCCGACGAGGGCAGCAAAGACAAGGACAAACAGCCGCCUUCUCCACGCCGCGCCUCUGCUGCCAAACGAUCCGGAAACAAUGGCGUCGCCACACCACCGAACCGUAGGACAUCGGCCGCCCAGACCCCGAAAAGCGCUCCUGCCGCCGCCGGGGCUGGCUCUGGGGGAGUCCGAAAGUCCUCUGUCAAGAAACCUGUCGAGCCGACUCUGCUCGGCGAUUUUCUUCUUGGGCGACCCUCGGCCGCCCGCGUCGCUGCUUCGAGGCGAAAGAGUCUCGACACCGCAGCGGUGAGAGCCGAGUUGCACCAGCAAAUGCGCCAGGAUGCCGUCCGCCGCGUACAACAGCCUGGUAAGGUUCAGGCUCGGGUCAAGGCCUGGCAGAAGGCCAAUGCUACCGCCAUGGUGCAAGGAAACCCCGAAGACGCUGCCAGCGAGCCGACCGAAGUUGCUAUACAUGUAGACGCCGAUAGUGUGACCGAAGAAGACCGUGUGCGCAUCAAAUCCCGGCAGAAGCCUAGGCGGAAAUCUGCAACCUCGCCCAAGGCGUCUCCUCUUGGAAAGGUCGAGAACAAGAAGGAUACGGUCCCAGAGCCAAAAGAGAAGCCGGUGCCCAAGGAGGUCAUACCAGAUGAUCCGCGCAUCAAAGGCCCCCCAAAGAAGAGAAUAGUCAGCGAUGAACACUGGAUGAAACGGAAUAGCGGUGACAACAUUCCUAAAGCAGCCACAGCCGGUAACAAACCAGGAGCAGCGGGAGGCCUGGGCCCGAGCCCAAUUCCUAAGGAUUUUCUGCAGAAAACAGCGAAGCCGGUAAAGAUGCAGACCAAAAUCAAGGACUGGGCAAGCAAAGUCGAGCUGCCAGCUUCCCCAGAGCCUCCCGAGAUCCCCAAGGUUGAGAUCCCCAAAGCUUCCAAGCCAACGCAAAGAUACAGCACCAAAUGCGGAGAGACAAUCACAGUCGAGGAAGCUGCCAGCGGUGUAUCGAGCAACACGAAAACCCAGAGCACACGCACUGGAGACGACGGGAUCAGAAUCAAACCGAUGCGUGCGGCCAGUCCCCAAGUCGGUGGCAGCGACGGGAUUCGUGUGAGGCCGAUGAAGAUGGCGGCGCCCUUGCCAGACGAUGGUAUUCGAGUGCGCCCUCUUGAGCAUGCUUCUCAGGAAGGCGCAUCCGCCCAGUCAGCUUCUUCAAGAACAGCAUCCAGGGAGAAAACGACCAGGAUUCCAAGCACAAGACGGGACCGAACGCCGUCUGCCAGGAUCGAAGUCAUUGAAGAGCCUGACACAGAUAUCGAGGCUACUCCUACGAGGAAGUCGAAGCCCCGAGUAUCUCCAAGAAGGAAGCGUCGUGCUACGGGCCCAGCUGCGACUGUCAAUGACACAGCCACCACACAAACUGGGAGUUUGUCCGAGGAUGACCAGUCUUGGACAAGUGAGGACUCAACUUCGUACGAUGGCUCCGAAAGACCCUCCAGUGCUCCAGCAAAGUCGCUCGCAGAAGUGCCAUUCGGCUACUCAGCUUUCAGCGAGCUUGACUUGCCGGUGGGGGCAGAUCACCACCACAUCAAGAGACCGAAGGCUCAGAGGACUUCAAGCUUCAAGGCUGUACCAAAGGCUUUCAAAAAGAUUGUGACAGGGGCCAAGGAGAUCGUCCAUGAGAGGGUUGACCCGCCGAAGCCAGUCACAAAUCAGCCACCAAGCAUCGAGAGCUGGCUUAAUGGGACGGUCGACCCCUUCGUUGACAAACCCGCUUCUCAGCCGGCCCCCGCCGAGAAACCUGUCGAGAAGCCUGCACGUAGACAAGUAUCGACAGAGCUGCCGUCCAAGAAAGACUUGAAGAAAGAUGCAGGCACGGUUCCGGUGCAACAGCCUCGGCAGGAAAGCAGAGACGACGAUGAUGUUUCAACAGAGGUCCCAGACAAGCCCGCAGAGCCGCCCUUCAGUCCUCCAGCGGGUUUGAAGAGGAGCAAGGCUACUAGGAGUGGCUCUUCUCCAAUGAAGCAAAGUCCUGUCAAAAGGCCUCUACGCGAGACCCUGAACAACCUUUUCAGAGGAGAAUCCAGUGGACACAAGCUCCCUACAAAGGCCUAUUCCAGCUAUCAGGACAUGGGACCCGAGUCGGAACUCAGUUAUAUGGAUGAGGUUGAUGACCAUGACGAGCACAUGGCAUAUGAUACUCGCCAUCACUCUGCUGCGGAGGACCAGAGGCGUCCCUUGUCGCCAGAAUCAUCUUAUGUUUCCACAGAUGUCAGCAGCAACACCGAAGGCGCAUACAUGACGCCAGCUGUCCCCCGACGAAAACCGCCACCAACAAGUGGAUUGCAUGAAUUGUCGACCAUAGCCUCCGAGGAGUCAGCAAACAACGACGAUGCUCCGGUACGUGCCAGAAGUACCAGAUCUAAAGGCAGCCUCCGGAGGCGAGCCAGCAAGCUAGGACAUGGUACUGUCGACGACCUCUUGAGAGAAUUUGCGGUCGAUGAAGACUUCUAUCAACGGGAAUUGAAAACCCUCGUGGAUGGAGCUGUUCCAGUCCUUUUGAACCAAGUCGUGCACGGGAAACAAGAUUACGCUACUGAUCUAUUCGGGCCUGCACCAGAUGGGCAAUCGGAUUCUGUUGGGAAGACAGUGGUCAACAUGGGUAUUGCCCUCGAGAAACUCAGGAACCUACACAAAUGGGCGCCUAUGCAUGAUGUCAACAAAAUUCUCACCUGGCUCCUGACAGCUUACCCUGUUUAUGAUAAAUAUCUGGAUGUCUGGCGUCUUGGCUUCGAGGGAAUCGUUGUCAAUCUUGCUCCAGCUCCAGGCAGAGCCGACGACGAGGACUCCUUGGUCAAUGCCAUGCCUCGUAAUGAGGAUGGAGACGUCGUAGACACCAAGGGACAGCCUGUCGAUCUUCAACAUCUCUUGACCAGACCAGUGGCCCGGAUCAGGGGGCUCUUGAAGCUCCUCAAGAGCGCGGAAGCUUUCGGGGUCCAGCAUCAAGACCUGCUAGCGGUGAUUGAUGACUUCUCAGCUCUCCAGGAGAAGGCACGAAGACGCCAUCGUGAAGAGGUAGCUCGCAAGACGGACGAAGAUGCAAACAAGACUGACACCAGUCGAUGCUGUGACCUCCGAACAUUGAACGUCAUGGACCGCAUCCUCAUCGACCCAACCAGGCAAGUCAAUGCCAAGGACUACUUCUCCAUGGACCUUUCCCAUUCUCGUGGCCAGAGACUCGAGUGCCGGGUUGAGUUGAUAUACCGAGAUAAGCCAAAGGACCCACUUGAUCGAGGCGACAUUCUCAUACGAGAUAUUGGUCAUGCGCGGUGCUGUCUUCUGUUUCCCCCUAUCCCAAAGACGGCAAUAUCCGCUCGCCGGGGCGAUGAGUCUGGCGCGCUGGUUGUCAUGGUCCGUGGCAGACACAACGGCAAAGAGUGGUACGAAGUAUUCACGCUGUUCACCGACCUGGAGGACCAAGUCUUGGACUGGUUGGAUAUACUAGGUACCAACCCGGUACCACCGGCCAUAACUGAUACCCUGAUCGAAGACAGCGCCUCGAUCAUUUCAGCCAAAUCAGAUGUCACUGUUCCCUGGGGCGAGCGAACAGGCGCAGAGCCAGCCAAACGCCGCAGGUCGCAUGAUCCGCGCCUUACCGUAUCACAGACUCCCAACGAAGUCGUGGAUCAGCCAAAAGCCAAAACACCUAGCCGCUAUCACACACGGCAUGCAAGCUCCCCUACUACGCCGACCACUCCAACAUCAGUGACAAGCAAUCCUCUAGUCAGCGACUUCCCAGACAGAACUCCGACUCGAAAUUCUCAUCAUGGAGUCACCCGGCCUCAAUCUCUCCCAACGACGCCACUUCGAGAGGACAUGCGACCUGAACCCAGGAAGCUCACCAAGUCGCCCCCCAACAACAAGCCCUUCCGAGAAGACGGAGCUCCUCCACCUCCGGUCCACCGCACAUUCACUCCCGACAAGUCUACAGCUCUCGGUCCACCGGUGGACCUCAACCCUCCUGCGUCGCGAGUUAGACGCCGUGGGUCGUCGCCUCUCAAACACGAAUACCGCCCGUCUGACGUCUCUUCUGACUCCUCGGAGACUGAGAGUGACUCUGCCUCUGAUGUCGAAUCCUCUGACGAUGAACUUGAUGAGGCCGACGUCCCAGACACCCAGCCUGCCAUCAGUAUCAAGCAAGAAUCGGUGAUUUCGGGUGCUGAAACCGUUGUAUCCGACAAUAGCAUUGCCCCUUCACAAUCAGCUUCUCAAGUUGGCCUGUAUGGGCGACUUGGCCCAGGAGGUGCCAAAGACCCCGAGUACAUUAUCAAGACCAUCGCGACAAUCUCAUACUGGUCCAACAAAAAGGGCCAAUGGACAGAAGCACUGGAUGAGCCGUGCUCUAUCAAUAUCACCCCCGGCUUGAUUGAAGCAUACCCGCUUGCUAGCCACUCUGUUUCUGGCCCUGGGGCCCUCAACUCGUCGGGCUCAUCUGAGCUUAACGAUUCCGACCCUGCUCGUACACAGCCUUUGAUCGCCCUUGAGCUGACACCAAUUGUCAUGAUCCGUCAGAGCACGGUUCUUGACCUUGAAAUUCGCUCACCGGUUCGGCCCUACUGCAAGCUCUCUGCUAUUGACGGCAAGAUCUUCCGCUUCCGUGCGCCUUCGGCCAACGAAGGCACCGAACUUUACAUGGCUGUACACAAAGCCCGUCUCAACAAUGCCAAAUACAGGGCCUUGGAAGAAGAGUCAAGGUUCCGUGCCUUCGGACAACCUCAGCCAGAACAGCAAGGGCCGGAGUCGCAGUCAAGCAGCAGUAAUCGCCGUGGCUUGUUUGGUAGGAAGAACAGCUACCGUGCUUCGACUCGCGCUCCAUCCCAGUCCUUGUCUCAAUCCCAGGGCACCUCCUCCAGCAUCUCGGCGCCAUCCCUUCUCAAGCGUCUGACAGGCUCCGGAAACCUCUCUUUCAACAUCAACAAAUCAUACGUCGACCGUUCCAGCCGCCCCAGUUCCGCGAUGGGCGGAGCAGCCUCGUUGUACACAAGCAGUUCUUCUUCGGCUGAUGGCAUGACAACUCCGCGGUCUCCAUCAGUGUCAUUGGCGGAGGCAAGCGGCCGUACCCAACUCUUGGGCAGUGAUAACCUCAGAAUCACACGACCGCCUCCUGGCAUGAGGCAAGAACUACGAAUUAAGCACGGGAUGGAAAAGCGCGUCAUUGUAACCAAAGCUCCUAAGAAGACAUUUGGCUUUGGAUCAUCAAGCCCCGAGAAAGACAAGCCCUUGAUCGUGCUGGACGUCGUGCUGGGAUCCAAGUGCUUCAGCCGACUCGGCAGCCGCGGCAUCAUCCUCAAUGUGUGGGAGGAGGUGCGUGACGAAGAGAACAACGUGGGCCUCGCGCCAAAGACGGGUGGCCUGUCCGGCAAGGUCACGAAGUGGUGUUUCCAGUGCAGCAGCGCGACGGAGGCGAACUGGAUAUUCGGCCUGGUGGCUCAGGAGGUCAGCAUCGGCCUCGGCGAACCACUUCUACCAGACGCACCCAUGUGGUAG